UACACUUUUACUGCAUUACUGGACUUCCUCUCUGGCGUUCCAAACGGGAAGUACCUGCUGGCUCCAAGAAGCCAGAAUUACAUAGACGCCAUAGAAGCGAUGACUCAGACGACUCGGGCCAAUCACUGCUCACUGACGACAUCUGGCUCCAACAUGGCGGUGUCUGUAGCAAAAAUGCAACUGAAUCGACUUCAUUUGGUUGGAGCUGGAAGGGGAAACUGCUGCGAGAUGGAUGGCUUUUAUGACCAGCAGGUCCCUUUCAUGGGCCCAGAGAGUAGCUCUGGAGGAGAGCCGGACUCGUGUCUAAGCGACAGACGGACCAAGUUCUUGGAGACUGAGCUGGCUCAGGACACUGAAGAGCUUUUUCAGGAUCUCAGUCAACUCCAAGAAAUCUGGAUCGCAGAAGCCCAGGUUCCCGACGACGAGCAGUUUGUUCCAGAUUUCCAGUCCAGUAAUUUGAUGUUUCAUGGACCUGCGGUCAAGGUGAAGCGGGAGUCCAGCCCCCCCAGAGCCCCCUCCCCCUGUAGACGAGUGGACGCAUGCCUCCCCCCGUACAGAGCCUGCAACAAGCCGAGUCUGACUCCGCCCACUCCGCCAGCACGCUGCAGCUCCGCCCACCAUGCUGGACCCCCGCUGUUCUCCCCCCACCUGAGCAAUGGUGGUCCCUGCACCCCUCAGCAGCAUCCUCAGGUCAACCAGGAGGCGUUCGCCCUGCCGCGCCCCCCCAACAGCUGUCCCCGAAGGUCCUUCAGUUCAGAACAAAGAUUCCAGCGGCAGCUGUCCGACCCCUGCCUGCCUUUCCCGGACAAUUCCUCCAGCGCUCCCUACCACCCAGCGAGCCGUGACCCCCGCCCCCUCUACCAACGCCACUUGUCGGAGCCCCUUAACCCCCGCGCUCCACCAGCUUUCAAAGAGGAGCUGGUGGAUCCACGUUAUCCAGAUCCUGCCAGUCCGGAUCCGGCCCAGACCUCUUUCAGUCGCGUCUUCAUCAAACAGGAACCGCGAGACUUCAGCUUUGAUCCAGAGGUCCAGACCUGCCAGUCCUACAGGAAGUCUUCACUUCUCUUCCCACAGAACUUUCCAGGAUUCCCUCACAGAGAGCCCGGUCUGUACCUGGAUGACACCUGUGUGGUGCCAGAGAGAGUUGAAGGUAAAGGGAAGGCGGGGGGUCUGCCAUACCAGCGGCGGGGGUCCCUGCAGCUCUGGCAAUUUUUGCUCACACUGCUGGACAACCCGGCCAACGCUCACCUGAUUGUGUGGACGGGGCGCAACAUGGAGUUCAAGCUGAUUGACCCCGAGGAGGUGGCCCGGCUGUGGGGCAUCCAGAAGAACCGUCCGGCCAUGAACUACGACAAGCUGAGCCGCUCGCUGCGGUACUACUACGAGAAGGGCAUCAUGCAGAAGGUAAAGGUGGCCGGGGAACGCUACGUCUACAAGUUCGUCUGCAACCCAGAGGCGCUCUUCUGCAUGGCCUUCCCGGAAAACCAAAGGCCCUGCCUGAAGGCGGAGCUGGACGCCGCCCUGCCCUCCAGCGAGGAGGAGGGCCUCCCCCCGCCCGGAUACGAGGAGGAGGGGCCUUACCUGGUGGACGGGGCGGAGCAAUGCAUGCAGACCCUAACCUUCCCCGACAUCUACCCAAACUAGAGCUGUCAUGACAGACUCUUACUCUGAAGGGCCACACACACUUCCUGUUGUGCUGAUAUGAUGGAGGUGAAAGGUCACGAAGUCCUGAUCGUCUAGACAGAAGCUGCUGUUCAACCAACAUGCUGUAAAAACACAUUUUAUUUUUAAAAUCUAAAUCAUUCUUUGCCUAAAAUAAACCUUAAAGUAAACCAAUUAAUUUUAAUUUUCAAAAUAAAGGUAUUAUGAGUUGUACUUUUCUAGCUAAAUAUAUUAAAAAAGUUUUUACAGUUUGAAAAAGUUCUAUCUGCUACUUUAUUUUUGGAGAUUUUUCUGAGAGUUUUCUCUGUUCAAACGUCAGCAAAUGUUAAAGAUUUACCUUUCAGCCUUAAAGGUGGCGGCGCCGUCAUGGUGUGGGCUCUGAAGCCUUAGUCGACUCUGGGAUCUGUUUUGUAACCAAAAAGCAUCUCAAAGCCAUGACCACUUUCCUGAAAUUAUAAUUCCGCAAAGAAAGACUACUUAGCUUUUUUUAAGGUCAUAUUUUUGGCUCGGCAGAGACGUUUUCCUAAACUUGUAUAUGACAAAGGUACCGCUUCUAUUUUUACGGGGUGAGACUCUGGUGCUUUGAUGGAUCUCUUCCACCAGUUAACCAGUGCAAAUGGAUUCCUGCAUUUUGUAUAGUUGGUUGCUUCAAUGUGUAGAGGAGUGUAUUCUUAUAUAUGGAUAUAUUUUUGCAAAAGGUGUUGUUUGCCACCCCCCCAUGAGUCCUGCAGUCAGAGGAAGUAUUUACAUAUGAUCUCUGUAUGUGUGCCUUCUGUUCAUCUUUAUUCAAACAAUAAACAUUUCUUCUUUUUG